UCACAGAAAUAAUUGUACUGCUAAAAGAAAACUAGAAAUGUGUUUGUGUUAAUAUAAUUACUUUAGUGAAAAAAUCUAGUUUUGAAAAAAGUUUUUCCGUUCAGCUACCAAAAUGAAUUUACGUAAGCAGUAAAAUUUCUAUGAAAAGAAAACAGCAAACGAAUCAUUAGUUUGUUCAAGUGUUAUCACAGUGCACGUGCUCAGACAUAACGAAUAUGUGAUGAAUUAGAUAUUAGACACUUCUCAGAACUACCUUAUCAGAUUGAAUUUCCUCAUGGCGCUGAAUGGAAUAUACACUUCACAUGCGGGUGACGAUCAACCGGCCCCAAGAUACAUUGGUGAUUCGAAAGAAGAAAUUGUACUUUCCACCCUUGGUUUGAAUGAUUCAGAACAUCACGAGCAAGCAAAACAAUCCAGCAUAAAACGAUACACUGGAAUAUGUAUCGUAAAUGGAAGUGUUGCCGUUUUUUUUGGAUUUGCCACAAAACGUUUCAUUCAGUAUGAGCAAAACUGCCAAACAAAUUGCGGCCUGCAGUGGUGUGACGGGUACGGUAUGCUGUUGCUUCUGCUGGGAUUCGUCUACCUGGGGUUGCUGUAUUUCCUGCUGUUAAAACCCAGACUAGAACGAUCGGUGUACAGGAAAUUGGCACCGGUUGGAUCGUAUUUCCAACGGAUGUUUCAAACGCGAACAACGAAACUGGCCGUAGGAGGGAUUGUAAUACUAGCGAUUGCCAUUUUUCUAUACUUUGAUACGCGCGGCGAUACUAUUCGCUUGAUGCCACUGAUUGGGAUGGUUGCAUUCCUGGCACUUUCCGUACUGAUGUCUAAACACCCGAGGAAGAUCAAUUACCGGCCCGUGUGCACCGGUCUGCUGUUACAGGCCAUUCUCGGUUUGGUUUGCAUCCGUUGGGACGUGGGACGUAGCAUAUUCGCUUGCAUCGGUGCCAAGGUGGACACCUUCCUGGGCUAUUCGGCCGUCGGAGCCGCCUUUGUCUACAGUGAUGCGCUGAUCAAACAGUACGCGGUGUUUGCGUUCUCCGUACUGUCGGUGAUAUACUUCUUCAGCUUCUUCAUCUCCAUCCUGUACUAUCUCGGCGCCAUGCAGUGGAUAGUGCUGAAGCUCGGUUGGAUAUUGCAAUCCCUAAUGGGUACUACGGUUUGCGAGGGAAUUAUGGCAGCGGCUAACAUUUUCCUGGGCAUGAGCGAAACGCCACUCAUCAUCAAACCGUACGUGAAGGAUCUGACCCACUCGGAACUGCACUCCGUGAUGGCGUCCGGGUUUGCGACCGUGUCCGGGACGGUACUGGCCGCAUACAUCUCGUUCGGUGCUAGCCCUGGACAUCUGAUUACGGCAAGCGUUAUAUCCGCACCGGCUGUACUUUGCGUGGCGAAGAUCAUCUAUCCGGAGGUGGAAACUAGUAAAACGACGUCCGAAAACAUUAGCAUCGCAAAAUCUACCGAUUCGUCUGUGAUUGAUGCCGCAUGUAAUGGUGCAAGUUCGGGCACCUCACUGAUCCUCGGCAUCAUCGCCAACUUGAUCGCGUUCGUGUCGUUUGUGGCAUUUGUAAAUGGGGUGCUGGCGUGGCUUGGUAUGCUGGUCGGCGUGGACGGUUUAUCGCUGGAAUGGAUUUGCGGACACAUUUUCCGACCGCUCGCAUUUGUUAUGGGAGUGUCCUGGAAGGAUAGUGAGCAAGUUGGUCAAGUAAUCGGCAUUAAAACGGUGAUAAACGAGUUCGUCGCUUACCAGCGGCUUGGAGAGUUCAUUCGUGAAGAUAUCAUAACGAAACGAUCAGCCACGAUCGCGACAUAUGCCAUCUGUGGCUUUGCAAAUCCCAGUUCGUUGGGUAUUAUGAUAGGGGCGAUGAGUGUUAUGGCACCGGAACGGCGCGGCUCCAUUACUGCCGUAUCGUUCCGUUCAUUUAUUACCGGAUCGAUAGCAUGCUUUAUGACUGCGUGCAUUGCAGGACUUUUGAUCGACGAUUUUCAAGGAAUGGAAAAUUCAUCGUUGAACAACUCGACGCUAUCGAAUUCUUCCGCUGGAUAAGACUGGCGCGUUGGAGAAAGUAUUACAUUAUCUUAAAAUAAUUUAAUAAUAUAUUAAUACAAAAAAACGAGUGUAUUGUCACAACA